AUGACAGUAAUAACAGAAGCAAGUGCAACAAUCGACAAUGAAAAAAGGUGUAAAAAAUGGACAAAAAAAGUAACAAAAGAUCAUUUACCAGUAAAUAAAGCAGAAGCAAGCGAUGGAUGGAAGGCAAAUAUGGGAAAAUUCAUAGCAGGCAAGAAGGAUAAUGUGGAUUGUGGGAUGGUAAAGGCGAGAGGAAGUGAAAAGGUGGCCCCACCCGCCGACCCACCGACGAUUCAAGCAACAUUUCUUCUCGAGGAGCUCGCGUUCAAGCUAUUUGCGGUUGUGGAUGACAUCUUCUACUUGUUUCAAGGCCAUCUUGAGAACGUUGCUCAUCUGAAGCAGCAAUAUAGAUUGAAUAAAAUGGCAAAUGAGGUGAUAAUUGUCAUAGAGGCAUACAGGACUCUUAGAGAUCGUGGUCCCUAUCCUGCUGCUCAGGUCGUGAGAGAUUUUCAAGGCGAAUUUGCAUUUAUUCCAUUUGACAGUGAUUCUAAAACUGCAUUUAUUGCUGCUGAUGCUGAUGGGUGUGUUCCCUUCUCUUGGAGAGCUGAUACCGAUGAAAAUCUUGUUCUUGCAGAUGAGAAAGAGGUUGUAACUAAGAGCUGUGGGACAUCUUCUGCACCAUUUCCUAAAGGAUUCUUCUUUACAACAUCCGGAGGUUUGAGCAGUUUUGAGCAUCUACUUAAUGAGGUGAAGCUUGUCCCAAGAGUUAACAAUUCUGGUCAAGUGUGUGGUGCAACUUUCAAGGUGGAUGAGGCUAAGAAGGAAUCAACUGGCAUGUCAAGGGUUGGGAGUGCUGCUAGUCGAAUAAUAUCUGAAUAUGAAUUCUGCUUGAACUAA